UAUUUGUGAAAAGGCAUUUUAUACAUCAGGGAAAUUGAAGCUUCAUGAAUUGACACAUUCAGGUGAAAGACCACAUCCUUGUGGUUCCUGUGAAAAAUCGUUUUGCACAAAAAGUGACCUAAAAGUGCACGAACGAACACAUACUGGAGAACGUCCUUACACAUGUGAAAUUUGUAACAAAGGUUUUUCUCAAUCAAGCAGCCUGCGAAAUCAUAAAACUAUCCAUUCUGGUGAAAGGUCUGAUAAUAAGGCUUAUCAAUGUGAUGAAUGCGAGAAAUCAUUUUCUUUAAAAGGAACUUUGGUAAAGCACAAGUUGACCCAUUCAGGACUGAAACCAUUCCAAUGUGAUAUUUGUUUGCGUGAAUUUACGUCGUCAUAUAAAGCAAAACUUCAUAAAAUGAGACAUUUGGGACAAGAACCACAUAAAUGUGAUCAAUGUCUGAAAGCCUUUGUGACCAUGUAUGACUUAAAGUGUCAUAAACGAUCGCAUUCUGGAGAACGUCCUUACAUAUGUGAUGUUUGUGGAAAAAGCUUUGGUUAUUCAAAUGGUUUAAAACGUCAUAAAAGAACACAUACUGGGGAACGCCCAUAUGAAUGCACCAUGUGUGAUCAAACAUUCCAGAGAUCUAACGAUGCUCUUAUCCACAGGCGGAAGCACACAGGAGAAAUGCCGUUUUCCUGUGA